AUGCCACCCCGUCUCGCAGGCUCUUUUCUCACGUCGGUGGCCCAGCGGCAGGCACAGUUCACAGCCGCCUCUCUGGUGGCCAGCCCGACAUCGGCAGCCGCCUUCCUUCACAGCACCGCUCGUCGUCAGGAUGCACAGAUUGACAAGGCGCGCAACCACUAUGAGGCAUUGAAGCUCGAGCCAGGCGCCACGCCUGCGGACAUCAAAAAGUCAUUCUACAAGCUGUCCAAGGCACACCACCCCGACCAUAACCGCAAUGACCCGUCCGCAUCGAAGCGCUUUAUGCGCAUUAGCGAAGCCUACAGCACGCUUUCCAUCCCAGCGAAGCGGGCCGCCUACGAUCGGGACCACAUGAACCUCAACAAGUCCGCGGUUAGUCGAUCAGGCUCGUACUCAUCCACCGGUCCAGCUGGCGGUCGUCCGGCAUCUGGUCUUAGCAAACGUCGCGGCACCUAUCGUGGUCCGCCACCCAGCUUCUACCGCAGUGGAGGCUGGGGCGGCCACACGGAGAAGCGGAGGGAGGCUCACGAUGACAGCACUGGCGGCGCGGGCAGUGGCCGCGGGAGCUCUUCGACGACCAAGGACCACUGGUCAGCGUCAGGCACGAGUCCUGGCGGCAUGGGGCCUGGGCAAGAUCCCUUUGGCCAUGCAGACGAUGUGCCGCACUUUGACCGUGUGAGCCACGAGAAGACUGGGCGUAACCAGGAGGCCAUGCGCGCCGCCCGUCGUCGCUCGGGGCUACCUAGAGAUUUUGACGUCACUAGAGGCACGGGCGGGCUGGCGGGGUCGUUCUUCCUGAUCAGUGGAUGCAUAAUACUAGUCCUUCUUGCGCCGUUGACAUAUGGCUCGGCAACAAGUAAGAAGACGAAAGAGAGCAAGACAUGA